AUGUCGGAAUCACUAUAUGAAACUUCUUCACCUCCAGUGGUAGGAUCUUCAUCUCCUCCUGACAAUAAUAAUAAUGACAAUAAUAAUAAUAAUGGAACGACGACGAGAACAACUAGAAGUGGAACUACAACAGCCAAUCUAAGUUAUGCUCAAGCCGAUGAAAUGGUCAAGAGUAUCGAUGACAUGAAGACAAAAAGAAACUUUCACAACCAGUUUAAUGCACUCUUUAGAAAAUCGGCUACCUAUCAAUGGAGACAAUACAAAACUAAUCUUUGUCAGAUUAUUUUACCUUUAAUCCUUAUAUUAUUAUUAUUUAUUCUUCAACAAAUUGUAACCAAUUUUGUAAAGGAUCAAGAUGGAGCCAAGAUUCCAUCGAUAUUACAUCCAAGAGCAAUGAUGCCACCAUUAUUUGAAACCAAUCAGACAAUUGUCGAAGAGUGUAGGGCAUUUGCACCGGCAGUCUAUGCCAGAUCGCUAAUCUAUAUCGAUCAACUCAACCAAAAUUUGACAGUGGAGCCAAUGAUGCUCCAACUCGAAACAUACGCUGGCACCAACAAGAGUAACGGUGAUACCAUCGUCCCACUUAUUUUUGGUCAAUCAUUCCUUGGAAGAUAUGCAACCUAUUGCUCAGACACUCCUAGUAUUGCUGCACCCAUUACAAUGGAACGAAUGGAAUCAUACGAUAAAUUUACAAACGAAACAUUUGAUAAUUGGAAGACCAUCAUUGUCAAUGGUGGCUAUCGAUUCGCUCAAGUUGACAAUGACAGCCUAGCAGUCUCGCUAUUAUACAAUCGAUCUAUUUCAUUUGGCAAGGAACUAGGUACACUCUACACACUUGCAUCACGAUCAUUCCGUGCCAUCACUGGUGCCAGUCUAACUGAAAUCAUCUUUGAUGGUAUUAAAGAUUUCCCAACUCGUCAAGCUACUUUAGAUUUUGAUCUUGUUAGUUUAUUAGGUCCAAUGUUAUAUAUUUUCAUAUUUCAAUUAAUGAUGCCAGUAGUAUUAAGAUUAAUUCUUUAUGAAAAGGAAAACAAGUUGAGAGAGAUUAUGAAAAUGAUGGGGUUGGAGAUGAAGACGUAUUGGUUGGUCACCUAUAUAUUUGCCUACUCGAUCUAUUUUAUUGCCAUGAUGUUGGUGUGGGCAUUGGGUGCAUUGUUUAGAUUCCGAUACUUUACAGUCAACAGUCCCCUUGUCAUCUUUUUACUCAUAUUCUUUUGGGGUCAUACAUUGGUCAGCUUUGCCUUUUUCCUAUCAACCUUUUUUACAAAAACUGAAACUGGUACCGUAGUUGGUUACAUUUGGGUAUUUGGUACUGGUAUUCUUGCCUCUCGUGUCAUUGAUAAUAUCUUUUCAAGCGACUCAACACCAUCAAGCUCAAUAUUUGUAAUAUCAAUAUUCCCACCAUUUGUACUUUAUAGAGCAUUAUUUAUAUUAAAGAAAUAUGUUUCAUUUGAUGGACCGGGUGUGUCAAUUGCCAAGAUGAAUAAUCCAGGAUACCAAUUUGGUGAUAUCUAUGGAUUUAUGAUUGUUGAAGCUGUUGUAUUCCUCAUUUUGGCAUUGUAUCUGGAAGAGGUGUUACCGUCAGACUAUGGUGUCAAACGUCACCCUCUAUUCUUUUUACAAAAAUCAUUUUGGUUCAAAAAAGGUGCCAAGAGAGUGACACCCAUCACAAUCAAACCACACCUUCAAAGUGAAAGUGAGGAUGUUGCUAUUGAACGUCAACGUGUCAUACAUCACGACCAACUCUUGGCACUUGAGGUAUGCGAUCUUGGAAAGGUUUACCCUGCACAAGGAGGUGCCCCUGAAAAGGUGGCUGUCAAAUCAUUGACACUUGGAGUCGACCAAGGAAUCUGUUUUGGCUUUUUGGGACCCAAUGGCGCCGGCAAGUCAACUACCAUCUCUUGUGUAAGUGGAUUGUUCCCACCAACCACUGGAACAGCACGUGUAUUUGGCAUGGAUAUUCGUGAUGACAUUGAAUCGAUCCAUAUGAUUAUGGGUGUGUGUCCACAAGACAAUGUACUUUGGGAUGAUUUGACAGGCGAAGAACAUCUACUGUUUUAUGGUCGUAUCAAGAAUAUGAAGGGUAAAGAAUUGACAGACGCGGUCUACAAUGGACUCAAACAAGUCAACUUGCACGAAGAAACCGAGAAAAAGAGUGUUGAAUAUUCUGGUGGUAUGCGUAGACGUCUAUCUGUUGCCAUAUCUAUGAUGGGUAAUCCAAAGAUUGUUUUACUUGAUGAACCUAGUACUGGAUUGGACCCAUCCUCAAGAAAGAAAUUGUGGGAUGUUGUAAAUGGAUACAAACGUAAUUGUGCUAUGCUAUUAACCACUCAUGCCUUGGAAGAGGCUCAAGAACUGUGUGACCGUUUAGGUAUUUUUGUUGGUGGUGAGCUCAAGUGCAUUGGAUCUAGUUCUGAAUUGAUCUCCCGUUUUGGUAAGGGUUACAAGGUAUCGUUGACUAUCCAAGGUGGUCGUGAAGAAGACACUCAAAAGUUUGUUCGUGAAUUAUUGCCAAGUGCCACACUCCUCAAUUCACUUGCCGGAACCUACAAUUAUGAAGUGCCAAGUAAUUCAAUUGACCUUGCCUCUCUCUUUAGACAAUUUGAAGAUAACCGUGAAAGACUUGGAAUUACAGAUUGGGGUGUUGCCAAUAGUACCCUUGAAGAAGUUUUUGUUAAAGUUACAAUGGGUGUCCAAAAUGAAAGAGGUGAAUAUGUUAUUGAUGAAAAGUCAAUGAAUAUUUCUCAUAUUACAAAUGCCUAUUAA